AGAACAUAAAAAUGGGGAUGGCUUCUCUUUCCCUUCUUACUCUGCUAAUAUGUUUAACUUGUUUUCACAAAAAGCUGUUGGUUUUCGCGGUUGAUUAUGACUUUAGUUACAUGAAAUCAGUAUACAACGCAACUGAUAUGGCAUUAGUAGAAGAAUAUGACUACAUCGUGGUUGGAGGUGGCACAGCAGGAUGCCCUCUGGCGGCAACUCUAUCAGAAAAGUACUCAGUCCUUGUCCUUGAAAGAGGCAACGUCCCUAAAGCUCAUCCCAAUGUGCUGGUCGCAUCUGGGUUUCUGGCUAAUCUCAUGGAAGAAGAUGAUGGCGAUACACCAGCGCAGAGGUUCACGUCAGAGGAUGGCGUGGAUAACGUAAGAGGUAGGGUUUUGGGAGGAACAAGUAUGAUAAAUGCCGGUUUCUUUUCAGAAGCUGACAACGAUUUCCUUUCCAAAUCUGGUGUGGAAUGGGACAUGGAUGAGGUUGAGAAGGCCUAUGAAUGGGUGAAGAAGAAGAUAGUCUCACAUUCGAAUUUAUCAGUUUGGCAAUCUGCGGUGAAAGAGGCUUUGUUGGAAGCUGGCGUUGGUCCUGACAAUGGAGUGACUACAAAACAUAAGCUUGGAACUAAACAAUCUGGUUCUACUUUCGAUGAUGUGGGGAGAAGGCAUGGAGCUGUGGAAUUGCUCAAUAAUGGAGACCUAAAAAACUUGCGAAUUGCUAUUCAUGCCUAUGUGAAGAGAAUCAUCCUCUCCACUAAAUCGUCAAACCCGACUGCCAUUGGAGUUAUAUACACGGAUACAAAAGGGAGGUCUCACAAGGCAUUGAUACGUAAUAAAGGAGAAGUGAUACUAAGUGCAGGCGCACUUGGAAGCCCUCAACUUUUGCUACUUAGCGGAAUCGGUCCUCAAUCAUACCUCUCAUCGCAACAUAUUCCCACAGUUCUCUCCCAACCAAAUGUUGGACAAUUCAUGGCCGAUAAUCCACGUAACAACAUUAAUCUCAUAAUCCCAUUCCCAUUCGAAGGAUCAUCAGCACAAGUUGUUGGAAUCACUAAUGAUUAUUUCAUAGAAACCGUAUCUUAUGGCUUGCCAUUUAGUCCAACCACAUUACCUUUUAGCUUUUACACUAACCCUUUAACUCCACCACAAUUUAGCCUUGCACUCCUAACUGAAAAAAUCGUGGGGCCCUUGUCAACCGGUUCACUUAGGUUGGCUUCCACCACUGAUGUUAAAGUCACACCACAUGUACGCUUCAACUACUUCUCUAACCCGAUCGAUCUCGCCCGUUGCGUUAGUGCGGUGAGGAAGUUUGGGGAGAUGUUGAAAACUAAGUCAUUGGAUCGAUUUAAGUACAGAGAUUUGAAUGGCGCUAGAGACUUUAUGUUCUUGGGGCCUGCUUUGCCGACCAACCAAUCAGAUGAUUCAGCCAUGGAAGAUUAUUGUCGAAGUUCGGUUACGAGCUAUUGGCAUUAUCAUGGCGGAUGCCUAGUGGGGAAGGUUGUGGAUGGUGAUCAUUUUAAGGUCAUCGGGACUGAUUCACUUCGAGUUGUUGAUGGUUCAACUUUCAUUAUCUCUCCUGGUACCAAUCCUCAGGCCACCUUAAUGAUGAUUGGUCGUUAUGUUGGGCUAAAGAUGCUGAGAGAAAGGGCCAAGUAAAUCUAGAUUUCACAUUGGAUUUCCAUUUGCAUAUUCAAUGUAAAUAAAGAAAGCAUAUAUAUAUAUAUAUAAAUAUAUAUGUUUUGUGCCUAUAAUAUUAAUAUCCAAUUAAAAUUGGUUUGUUUUAGUUGCUGGCGGGUGGGCAUAUAUUGGUAUUAUAGAUUCUUGUUUUAAUAUCAAUUAUGUAUUCUCCUGUACCAUAAAAUAUUUCAUAAAUAAAUAAUACCAAUAUAUAUAUAUAUAUGCUAUUAUUUAACGUAAGCUUUUGUC